GUUCAAAGUCUGUUGGUUCUGUGGCUGUGCCUGGCUGGCCUCACCAGAUCGCAGCUCGAGGAGGAUGAGGAGGAGUAUGAGGAGGGCCCGUGUGGCCGAUGGAAACCGGGCGAUGUGGAUCUUCGGUCGUUCGAUUUAAUCCGCGAGUUCCGGCUGGAUCAGUUCGAGUCCAGAAGCAACUACCGGCUGCACCGACUGCAGGGCACUAACGAGUACCAGACGGCCUAUCGGUUCGAGAAGGAGGCCAACAUGACGAUGCGCUCGAUUGAGGCGUUUCCGCUCGGGUUGCCGCAACAGUUUUCCUUCGAGUGCACAUACCGCAUCGAGGACGAGGGAGACUCGUCGUGGCAUCUGUUCGAGGUCACCAACGAAGUCCAGGAGAGCCAGCUGGCGAUCACGCUGAACCCUGGGCGACAGAUACUGCAGAUCGGACUUCCGGCGACGGAAGGCGAGCACCAGGUUGUCGAGUACCAUCACACGUCGCUGUUCGACCACAACUGGCACAAGAUCAUGCUCGGCGUAACGGACGAGUAUCUGAACCUUUGGAUCGAUUGUCGUCCCGUGCGAUCGAUCGAUGGGAACCUGAACGUGCCGCUUGAGCCGCGUGAUCGGUUCGACAUUGACGAUGGGUACGUGUCGAUCUCCCGGUUUGCGCAAACUUCCGUUUUCGAGCCCGAGUCUCCGGUGAUCGACCUGCAGUGGAUGGUGAUGAACUGUGACCCGACGCGGCCGGCCCGGGGAAACUGCGACGAGCUGCCGGUGUACGACGUGGCAUCGCUGACGGCGAACCUUCCGGAGGGGCCAACACCGCGCCCGGACUGUAAUGCCGUCUGCCCACCCGGCUACAAUGGAACCGAUGGAUCCCCCGGGACAGCGGGGCUGCCUGGACCACCUGGAGCUAAGGGAGAAGCGGGAGCAUUCGGUCGUAGGGGCCCGCCAGGACCGCGUGGAUUAGAGGGCCCUCCGGGGACAGCGGCCGUCGGCGCAAGAGGCGACAAAGGAGAGCCUGGGGUAGGCAUUAUGGGAUUGCAAGGUCCGAAGGGAGAACCGGGAGUGGCAGCCGUUGCUGGAGCAGCAGUUGCCGGCCCAGUGGGUCCCAGAGGGUUACCCGGCCAGCCAGGCCCACCGGGUGUUGGCACUCCAGGUGAGAAGGGGGAGCCUGGUCGCGCCGGACAGUCGAUAACGGGUCCCCGGGGUCUGAUUGGGCCACCGGGAGCUACCGGGCCGCAAGGAAACGAUGGACUACCAGGGCUGACGGGUCCAAAGGGAGCUCGCGGUGAACAGGGUCCCCGGGGUGACGGUGGCAUUGGACUUCCGGGAGUGCCAGGACCACAGGGAGCCAAAGGAGAGCCGGGCGACGUAGUAGCGGAGUCAGGUGCGAUUGGACCACCAGGAUUACCAGGACUUUCCGGCAGGGACGGCGAGAAGGGCGAAAAAGGAAACUCCGGUGUGCGUGGUCUUCCUGGCGUGCAGGGACUCCCGGGACUUCCGGGUGUCCCUGGUCUACCCGGGCCACCUGGCCCCACCGGUGAAGGAUCAGACGAUGGUGGUGGUGCAGGUGGCACUGGUGGUCGGUACUUUGAAAACUUUAUGUCCUACGGCCAUCGUGGCCCCGUCGGUUACACGGGCCUUCCAGGAGAACGCGGUGCCGGUGGCCUGCGCGGUCCAGAGGGUGCCUCAGGCAUUCCCGGCCCUUCCGGAGUGGAUGGAGCGCCGGGACCGCAGGGGAUCGCGGGACUCCCAGGACAAGUGGGAGCCCCCGGUGCACCGGGUGUUCCCGGGCGUAGCUACACCGAGGCGGAAGUGCGCGACAUCUGCCGUGCCGUGCUGCGAGAUCACCUGGCCGAGCUGACCGAAGGUUUGAUUGGACCACCGGGACCGCCGGGAGUAUCGAAACCGGGCCGCCAGGGAUCGCCUGGCCGCCCCGGAGAGAAAGGCGAACGUGGGUACGCCGGGUUUGCCGGGGAACGAGGUAUCCCCGGGGAACAGGGAGCCCCGGGUGCCCUUGGUCCGGCCGGUGAACGCGGUGAGCCGGGACUGCCGGGGGAGAAUGGACGAGACGGUGUCGGGAUUAUGGGACCCCGCGGCCCCAUUGGUCCUGCGGGGCCACCAGGCGACUCGAUCACUGGACCUCCGGGCCGUGCCGGUGAGCGUGGUGAAGCGGGCGGAGCAGGACACCCGGGCGUUCGGGGUGCUCCGGGAAUUCCGGGUGUUUGCCCGAACGAUUGCUACAUGGCGGCGGCGGCCGCCGCGCAGAACUUCCGCGCCAACCAGCAGACCAAGGGCCCCAACUACUAA